CUAAAUACGUUGUAGUGAAUACAUUCAUGUUUUGGGAAGAUGCUAAGAACUACUGUCGGUCCAAACACACGGACCUGGUCAGAGUGUGGAACACGUCUCAGAACGAUGAAAUCCACCCACUGAUUGAGAGGAACCACUGGAUCGGCCUUUACAGAGACCUGUGGGCUAACUGGUCUGACCACAGCCUACUGACCUUCACUAACUGGGAGACGGGCCAGCCUGACAACAAAGGUAGCACCAACAUGACUUCCUGUGCUGCCGUGGAUACGAGCACCGGAAAGUGGUGGGAUGUUGACUGUAGUGAAGAGCACGAGUUCAUCUGUCAGACUCUGAUUCCAUCCAGUAGGAGGUUGGAGCUGCGCUUCCAGUCCGAGGCCGACCUGAACGACCCCGACGCCCAGCAGCAGAUUUUACAGCAGCUGCAUGCUAAAAUGGAAGCUGACGGAUUAACAGAGUUCAAACUUCGCUGGAUGGAGACGGAUGGUCAGAUUUUUCACAAAGAACCAAAGAAAAAACCAUGAGGCAUAUUCAGCCUUUUUCAUGCACUAUGCAUAAGCCUAACCUACAGAAAUUCACAUCCAUAGUCAAGUCAGUCAAGGACAUUUUCAGUAGCUCUUUUUUUGCUAAGCUAACAGUCAUAAACUCAUGUAAUCCUUUCUGGAAUAUGUCAAUCUACAUAUAUGUAUGUAUGCAGGUAAUAUUGUGUAACGUCCAUUUUGACUAUUUAAUAAAGUAAAACCUGACAC